AUAAUCCCUUCUUUUGUCCAUAGAUAAAGACCUCUUAUCUUUAUCCUUACUGGUAAAACGGAAAAUUACAAGGGUAACCCUCUCUAACUCAUCCUGACGUCACAAGACAAUGACCACGGUCAAGAUAACGAUGAUCAGAAAAAUUACAAAAAGGCCACUCUCUUUUCCCAUCUUACAGUCUUACUACUGACUUCAACCACAACCAAACAGCCAAAUGUCCCAAUGGAGAUCUACCUCAUUCGUGAAAAUCAUCUCUCUCCUCUUCCUCUCUCUAUCCCACACAACCACAGCCACAAAAACACCCACACCAACAACUACAACGACACCAAAACACCCACAUCCAAAAUUCCCAUGCAGACCCCCCUACCAAAACUCGUACUCCUUCUGCAACACUUCCCUUCCCAUCCACACCAGAGCUCAAUCUCUCGUCUCACUCCUCACUCUCGAUGAGAAGAUCCUCCAGCUCUCCAACAACGCGAGCCCCAUUUCCCGCCUUGGCAUUCCGGCCUACCAAUGGUGGUCGGAAUCGCUCCAUGGAAUCGCCACCAACGGCCCUGGCGUCACCUUCAACGGGACCAUCCCUGCCGCCACCGGAUUCCCGCAAGUCCUCCUCACGUCGGCAUCCUUCAACCAGAGCCUAUGGUCCGCAAUUGCAGCGGCGAUUGCGGUCGAGGCUCGCGCGAUGUACAAUGCGGGUCAGGCCGGAUUGACAUUUUGGGCCCCUAAUAUCAACAUUUUUAGGGACCCCAGAUGGGGAAGGGGCCAGGAGACACCUGGCGAGGAUCCGACGGUCGCCGCCGCCUACUCGGUUGACUAUGUCAGGGCCUUUCAGGGGGAGUAUUUGGGUGGUGGGUCCCAGAAGCUGAUGCUCUCUGCUUGCUGCAAGCAUUACACUGCCUAUGAUUUGGAGAGUUGGAGAAACUUCAGUCGAUAUACUUUCAAUGCUAAGGUGUCGAAGCAAGAUAUGGAAGACACAUAUCAGCCCCCAUUUCACAGCUGUAUUGAAGAAGGCCAUGCUAGCUGUUUGAUGUGCUCCUACAAUCAGAUAAAUGGGGUGCCUGUAUGCGCACAGCAUGAUCUCUUAAAGAAAGCUCGAACCGAAUGGGGAUUUGAUGGAUACAUCACAUCUGACUGCGAUGCUGUUGCAAUCAUCUAUGAAGAUCAGAAGUACGCAUCAAGUCCUGAAGAUGCAGUAGCAGAUGUCUUGAAAGCAGGAAUGGAUAUCAACUGUGGAACAUAUUUACUUCGGCACACUCAGUCAGCAGUCAAAAAAGGAAAGGUUCGAGAAGAGUACAUCGACCGAGCACUUCUUAAUCUGUUCUCAGUUCAACUGCGACUUGGGCUUUUCGACGGAGACCCAGAAAAUGAGCUGUUUGGAAAAUUGGGACCUCAUGAUGUAUGUACUAAAGAGCACAGAAAACUGGCACUAGAAGCGGCAAGACAGGGGAUUGUACUUCUCAAGAAUGAGAAGAAGUUCUUGCCACUGAAGAAAAAGAUGGUCACAUCGUUAGCUGUAAUAGGCCCUACAGCCAAUGCAACAAGCAAUUUGGGUGGUGGCUACACAGGUAUUCCAUGCAAUCCGAAGAGUAUUUUUGAUGGACAUAGGGCUUAUAUACAGAAGUCAUUGUAUGCCUCUGGUUGCCUUAACGUGUCGUGCCAAUCUGAUGAAGGGUUUGAAGAAGCUGUCCAUGUUGCCAAAAUGACCGAUGUUGUCGUGAUGGUUGCUGGGUUGGAUCUAACGCAAGAAACCGAAGACCAUGACCGGGUGAGCCUACUGUUGCCUGGUAAACAGAUGGAUCUUGUAUCAGCUGUUGCCCGUGCAAGUAAAAGGCCAAUUGUACUGAUCCUGAUAGGUGGUGGGCCGCUCGAUGUUUCAUUUGCAAGAGAUGACCCACUAAUUGCAAGUAUUAUGUGGGUCGGAUACCCAGGUGAAGCAGGCGGGAAAGCAGUAGCUGAAGUUAUAUUUGGAGAAUUCAAUCCAGGUGGGCGGCUGCCAGUGACUUGGUAUCCUGAAUCAUUCACUCGCGUCCCCAUGAAUGAUAUGAGCAUGCGGGCUGACCCUUCACGUGGGUACCCUGGAAGAACAUACAGAUUCUAUACGGGAGAGGUGGUUUACGGAUUCGGAUAUGGCUUGAGCUACUCCAAAUACUCUUACAAGUUCUUAUCGGUGCCUGAUAGAAUCAGCUUGUCAGGAUCUCUUGUCAAUGCCAAUCCAAAUAACAGAUUGGCGUAUGAAAGAAAAUAUGGGCUCAGUUACAUCCACAUUGAUGAUGUGGCAUCCUGUGAUGCUUUGAGGUUCUACAUUCAGAUCUCGGUGGUCAAUAACGGCGAUAUGGAUGGGUCCCAUGUUGUCAUGUUGUUCUCUAGAGCAGCUACAAUGCUCAAAGGUGCCCCACUGAAGCAGCUGAUCGGAUUCAAACGCGUGCAUACAGUGGCAUACAAAGCUAUUGAAACUAGCAUUCUAAUCGAUCCGUGCAAACAUCUUAGCAUGGCAAACGAUGCUGGAUUGCGGGUGCUGUCUCUGGGAGCUCAUGUUCUGAUGUUGGAAGGUGUAGAGCAGCCUAUCCUCAUUGAAAAAUGAGUAGGCCUUUUGAUGAGAGAUGAAGUUUGGGGUAUCUCAGAGCUUUAUGAUUCAAAGAAGAGAGGAUUCAUGUAAUUGGAUUUCAAUCUGUUAUAGGUCAUUCAUCAUCUUCAACUGGGCCCAUCAUUGAUAAGAAUUGAAUUUUGUGGUGUAAAGCACAUCCUAUUUUUAUAGAAACAUAAGAAUGCCAUUUGAUGA